GAGACCACGCCUUUCACAAGGAGCCAACCGAACGGAGAUUGUUGUCCUCUCGGGGUGAAUUUUAAUUUAGCACUUCCAAGAUUGUUAAUAUCAACUGUUAAUAUUUUACUUCUCAUAAAUCACGCUCGCGUACUCCUCCGGCGUCCCCUUUGAUGGUUUCCCAUCAGUAAGUGAACGUUACGGAAUCGUCCAACAACUUCAGCUGGCUAUUCAGGAGAGUGGUCCCUCAGCCCCCUGGAGCAUGAGUUCAUAAUGAAGCGGUGUGUGGAGGAACAGGAGACUGUGUUUGCGUCCCAGCACCAGCAGCAGCAGCAGCCGCAGCGGCGGCUUCCGGGCAGCGCGGAGGCCUUCCAGCACCGCGUGCUGGCUCCCGCCCCGGCCGUGUACGAGCCCGCACCCGACAGCAUGCAGCCCACGGCGGGCGUCCAGUACGCCGGCCCUCAGGCUUACCAGGUUCCCAACGCGGCCCAGAACAGCGCGGGCCACGGGCACACCUCCAGCCCUGCCGUCCAUGGGGGGCCAGCACACCACCACAGCCCAGCGGUACAGGCCCACGGGCCCGCCGGGAUGCACGGCCACACGCCCGCCCCCCAGGCCACCGCCCAGGGACAGCAGUUCCAGAGGCUCAAGGUGGAAGAUGCGCUGUCCUACUUGGACCAGGUCAAACUGCAGUUUGGCAACCACCCUCAAGUCUACAAUGACUUCCUGGACAUCAUGAAGGAGUUCAAGUCUCAGAGCAUCGACACCCCGGGGGUCAUCAGCCGGGUGUCGCAGCUCUUCAAGGGCCACCCGGACCUCAUCAUGGGCUUCAACACCUUCCUGCCGCCGGGCUACAAGAUCGAGGUCCAGCACAACGAGCUGGUGAACGUCACCACGCCGGGCCAGAUCCACCACAUCACCCCGCACGGCAUCACGGUCCAGAACAUCCCCAUGCCGGGGGCGCCCGCUCUGCCCCAGGCCCCUCUCCACGCCCAGCUCCUGGCCCUCGCCAACCCCGCCGCAUCGGCCUCCGCCGCCGCCACCACCACCAGCGCCCCGGUUUUGCUGGCACAGCCCUCCCCGGCCAAGAUGAGCAAGACGCAGCAGUCUCCCGUCCUGACGCCGAGCGGCCAGAGCAACCCGUCCAUCCCGGUGUACACCUCCCCGCGCUCGCCGCCCCUGCAGCUCCACCCGCCCUCCGGCGCCACGCCCGCCGGGCCGGCCGCGCAGAACAACCAGCCCGUGGAGUUCAACCACGCCAUCAACUACGUCAACAAGAUCAAGAACCGCUUUCAGGGCCAGCCCGACAUCUACAAGGCCUUCCUGGAGAUCCUGCACACGUACCAGAAGGAGCAGCGGAACGCCAAAGAGGCCGGGGGGAACUACACGCCGGCCCUGACGGAGCAGGAGGUGUACGCCCAGGUGGCCCGGCUCUUCAAGAACCAGGAGGACCUGCUGUCGGAGUUCGGCCAGUUCCUCCCCGACGCCAACAGCUCUGUGCUUUUGAGUAAAACCACGGCGGAGAAGGCGGAGUCGGUUCGGAACGACCACGGAGCCACGGCCAAGAAGCUCCAGCUCAACAACAAGCAGCGGCCCAGCCAGAACGGCUGUCCGAUCCGCCGGCACCCGGCCGCCACCACCACGGCCCCCGUGAAGCCAAAGCACAAGUUACUCAAUCUGAAAGAUUCCUCCACGGCAGAGUCAAGCAAGCAUGGAGCUGGCACAGAAUCUCUGUUCUUCGAGAAGGUCCGUAAGGCCUUGCGUAGUGCAGAGGUGUACGACAACUUCCUGCGUUGCCUGGUCCUCUUCAACCAGGAGGUGAUCUCCAGGGCUGAGCUGGUCCAGCUGGUGCUUCCCUUCCUGGGAAAAUUCCCGGAGCUGUUCAACUGGUUCAAGAACUUCCUGGGAUACCGCGAGAUGUCGUCCCACAUCGAGAGCUACCCCAAGGAGCGGGCCACAGAGGGCAUCGCCAUGGAGAUAGACUAUGCUUCCUGCAAGCGGCUGGGCUCCAGCUACCGGGCCCUUCCCGAGAGCUACACCCAGCCCAAGUGUACCGGCCGCACGCCUCUCUGCAAGGAGGUUCUGAAUGACACCUGGGUGUCCUUCCCGUCCUGGUCCGAGGACUCGACGUUCGUGAGCUCCAAGAAGACCCAGUACGAGGAGCACAUCUACCGCUGUGAGGACGAGCGCUUCGAGCUGGACGUGGUGCUGGAGACCAACCUGGCCACCAUCCGCGUGCUGGAGCUGGUGCAGCGGAGGCUGUCGCGCAUGUCCGCCGAGGAGCAGGCCAAGUACCGUCUGGACAACACCCUGGGGGGCACGUCGGAGGUGGUCCACCGCAAGGCCAUCCAGAGGAUAUACGGGGACAAGGCCGCUGACAUCCUGGACGGCAUCAGGAAGAACCCCGCCAUGUCGGUGCCCAUCAUCCUCAAGAGGUUAAAGAUCAAGGAGGAGGAGUGGCGGGAAGCCCAGCGGGGCUUCAACAAGAUCUGGAGGGAGCAGAACGAGAAGUACUACCUCAAGUCUCUCGACCACCAGGGCAUCAACUUCAAGCAGAACGACACCAAGGUGCUGCGCUCCAAGACCCUGCUGAACGAGAUCGAGAGCAUCUACGACGAGCGGCAGGAGCAGGCGUCGGAGGAGAACGCCGGGCCCCCCACGGGCCCCCAGCUGACCCUGUCCUACGAGGACCCCCAGAUCCUGGAGGACGCCGCCGCCCUGAUCAUCCACCACGUCAAGCGGCAGGUGGGCAUCCAGAAGGAGGACAAGUACAAGAUCAAGCAGGUCAUCCACCACUUCCUGCCCGACCUGCUGUUCGCCCAGCGCGGCGAGCUCUCGGACGCCGAGGAGGAAGAGGAGGACGAGGACGAGGAGGCGGACGAAGAGGAGGACGAGGAGAGGGAAGGGGAGAGGGACCCCGCGGAGGGGCCCCGGCCCAAGAAGCACAACGGCGUUGCUGCGGUGGCGGCGGCAGCCGCGGCGGUGGCGGCGGGGAGCCCGACCAAGUCCAAGCUGCUCUUCGGGGGCACGGCCGCCCAGAAGCUGCGGGCGACGGGCGAGGACGCCUACCACCUCUUCCUCGUCAACAACAACUGGUACAUCUUCCUGCGGCUGCACCAGACGCUGUGCGCCCGCCUGCUGCGGCUCUACGGCCAGGCGGAGCGGCAGAUCCAGGACGAGCUCCGGGAGAGGGACUGGGAGCACGAGGUGCUGGGCCUCAAGAGGGAGAAGAACGACAACCCGGCCGUCCAGCUGCGGCUGAAGGAGCCCAUGGACAUCGAGGUGGAGGACUACUACUCGGCGUUCCUGGAGAUGGUGCGCAACCUGCUGGACGGGAACAUGGAGGCCUCGCAGUACGAGGACUCACUCAGGGAGAUGUUCACCAUCCACGCCUACACCGCGUUCACCAUGGACAAGCUCAUCCAGAGCAUCGUCCGCCAGCUCCAGCACCUCGUGAGCGAUGACAUCUGCGUCCACGUGACGGACCUCUACCUGGCCGAGAGCACCGGCGGGGCCACGGGGGGGCCCUCGACCGCGCAGGCCGCCAGCAGCUCGGUCGAGGCCCUGUACCAGCGCAAGGCCGAGCAGCUCAUGUCCGACGAGAACUGCUUCAAGCUGACGUUCCUGCGGAACCGGGGUCCGGUCCAGCUCACCGUGGAGCUGCUGGACUCGGAGGAGGACAACUCCGAUGAACCCAUGGAUGCGGGGCGCUGGUCGGACUACGUGGGCCGCUACCUGGUCUCAGACUCGACCUCAGCGGAGCUACGGGAGCACCUGGCACAGAAGCCCGUCUUCCUGCCCAGGAACCUGAGACGGAUCAGGAAGUACCAGCAGGGCCGGGAGCAGCUGGACAAGGAGGCGGGAGAGGGGGCCAGGAAGUCCCUGGACAAGGAGAAGAUGGCCUGCAUGUUCCAGCUCAACUCCUACAAGAUGGUGUACGUCUUCAAGUCGGAGGACUACAUGUACCGCCGCACGGCGCUGCUCCGCGCGCAGCAGUCACACGACCGGGUGAGCACGCGGCUGCACAACCGCUUCCAGGCGUGGGUGGACGCGUGGGCCAAGGUGAACGUGACGCCGGCCAUGGCCACGGAGACGGGGGCCUGGCUGAUGGGCGAGGACCGCGAGGAGUUCCUGCCCUGCGUCACCAGCCGCAACCCGGAGGUGCUGCACUUCAUGAACGUCAACAAGUACCGCGUCAAGUACCCCGCGCCCAGUCCGGCGCCGUAGCAGUGGCGACCGCCCCAAACUGGUGACACUAGUGUGGUGUUGUUUUUGUUUGUUUUUGGUUUUAAAAGAGGAGGGGGGAAAAAAGGUGGGUGGGGGUUCAAAAGUGUGUGUGUGUGUGUGUGUGUGUGUGUGAAGGGGGGGGGCUUCUGGAUCUGGUUUUGUAACUGGUUUCUAAAUAGCUGGUGUUGUCGAUUGGGGUUGAUACCUGGGGCGGCUGGAUCACCGACGUCAUUAUUAAUAUUACGUUUUUUGACCAGCUUUUUCAGCUGGGCCCACUGUUUUUUUCUUGCAGGGCUUUUAUUUUGGCGGUGCCAACCAAAAAAGAAAUAAUGUUUUUUCCGCGUGCCAGUCUCUGCACUGAGCUCUACCAGCACUCCUAGCCAUAGUCCAAACUUUCCCAAGAGCUUCCGGUCGCUUCUGAGAAAAAAGGGCUUUUUGUAGAGAGAGGGAAGCAAAAGCCUUUAUUCCUUUAUUUUGUACGCGACGCGUUGCGCCGGAGCUGCUUUAUACUAUUUAACAGACCUGUUCUUCCACAGAAAGCUCCUUUUCUAAAAACACAAUAAACCGAUCCAGCAGUUUUUUUUUCUGUGAUACUUCAUAACCCUGGGAAAACAGUGAGGUGGUCAAGUGCACUUAUGGAGAGCGAGGAACAGCAACUUCUCAAACAAACUUUUUACCCCCCAGACAGAAGGCAUGGCCGCUUGGGGACAAUCCAAGACUGGUACAAAAGAGUUUGUGGUCUUUUGAGGCCAGUAAUCCCAGCCAAAACUUGGCCCCUAGCAGUAGACAGAGAAAGUCUUGGUAGUUAAUUGUUUGACAGAGACAGAUAAACAUUGUAACCUGCUGUAAGACAAGGAGAGAGGGAGACAUGUACCUACCAUUAGGCCGAAAGAGAGAGGACACGUGUACCUAUCUGCCAUCACACAGACAGAGAGAGAGAGAGAGACACAUGUACCUACCGGCCAUCACACAGACAGAGACAGAGACAGAGAGAGAGAGAGAGAGACACAUGUACCUACCUGCCAUAACACAGAGAGAGAGGGACGCAUGUACUUGCCUACAAUUAGACAGACCGCAAGAGAGAGGGAGACCCAUACCUACCUACCAUUAGACCGAGAGGGAGAGAUAGACAUAGUUCCUGUGAUUAGACAUAGAGGGAGAGAGGCAUAGUACCUGCUAUUGGACAGACAGAGAGAGAGAGACCUGGUAGCUACCAUUAGAAAGAUGAGGGAGAGAGACCUGGAAGCUACGAUAAGACAGAUGGGGAGGGAGACCUGGUACCUGCUAUUUGACAGAGGGGGAGAGAGAGAGACCUGACGGCUAACAUUAGACCGAGGGGGGAGAGAGACCUGGUAGCUACCAUAAGAGGAGCAUGUUAUUGCGGUUCUAGCAGCAUUCAAGUUAUAGCGUCUGCGUCCCAAACAGUAUUGUGGGGUUAAGAGUAGGAUGUGUACUGUUGCGUUUUAUUCAAAUGAAUGCAAAUAAUAAAUAAACAAGAGGGAAACUACUAGAUGGUUGUAUAUUAGCCCGUGCAACACUGUUUGGUGACAUAAGACUGUAAAAUUGUAACGCUCAUGAAUGUCAGAUACUGACAUGUAUUCCAGUGUAUGAGUUUUGUGUGUGUGAGUGUGUGAGUGUGUGUGUGUGUGUGUGUGUGUGUGUGUGUGUGUGUGUGUGUGUGUGUGUGUGUGUGUGUGUGUGUGUGUGUGUGUGUGUGUGUGUGUGUGUGUGUGUGUGUAUAUAUAUCUAUAGAUAACAUCAAGGAUCCUGGCUGCCCCAGUACUCAAACUUCCAUUUGUUUUAACUCACUGGCAUAAGGCCCUCACCAAUACACCAGCUCUCUCUAGCUCUCUAUCUAUUUCUCUCUCGAUACACACACACACACACACACACACACACACACACACACACACACACACACACACACACACACACACACACACACACACACACACACACCUCUCUCUCCUUCCGGCAGCCCAACCACAUUGUAAAUAAUUUGUAUAUAUUCUCAGACUUUUUAUGACAGAUUUGUGUUGUUGUGCUAGUAAUACUUUCCAUGCUUAUUGUGGAUGUUACUGGUAAAUGGCAAAAGUAGUAUGUAUAAGAAGGCUGACAUACAAGACCAUUUAUUACAGUUUUUACCAAAGGGAGUUUAUUACAAAGAUAUGAUCCCACGGCCCCCCUCUAAACACACACACAAACACAUAUACACACAUGCACACAUCCACGCACACAAAUUUUUUGUCCUUUUUAAUUUCUCUAGUUACACUUUUUUAAGUAGAAUUGUAUCCAGGUCUUAUAUAUAAAAUAACUGUUGAUAAAUAUAUAUAUUAUAUUUUCCUCUGCUUAUUAUUAUUUUUUUCCCCCCCAUCAUGUGUUUAUAUUCUUUAGUUUUUCUGCGGAUUGUGACAUGAUUGACGAGGACUGGUUUGAUUAUAUUCACUGCCCCUGUAACACUGUGACCCGGUCCCUUGGCUACAGGAAGUGGCUCAACCAAAGGUUCAGUUAACAGGAAGUUCAUCCAACCUAUCCCCUCCCUCCGAUUAGACUCCUUAAUGCCGAGAACACAAAUCAAACAUCCCAUCUCCAUAUUUUUGAUAAUAGAAAAAGUCACACAGCAUGUCUUUCGCGCGUUUAUUGAGACAUUAUUUAAGGUAAUAAUAAAACUAUUUGUAGCCUACAGUUUAUUUUGUAUUUUUAUUGUAUUUUUUUUUUUUUGUAGUUCCUCGAGUUUUGUUUCUCGUUGCCUGUCUUUUAGACUCCAGCUGUUGGAGUGUGUUGUCUUGUGUAUAAUAAUUGAGCGGUUUUAUUCAGUCCAUGCAAUGCACAUGGUUUUGUCUUUGUGUAUGGUGCAGUCACAACUUUUCACGUUGUAUAUAAUAAACAGACUUUUUACAUGAUGCUA